CGCCUCCUUCUGCUCUUCCAUUGUAGACGAGGCGGGCGAAUUGGAGGCGCGCGGCUGCUCUCGCGCCCUUCCCCGAAGCCCGGGCGGCGCGCGGUGGCGGCGAUGUAGGCGGGCGCGCGGACCUUCUGCACCCCGGCUCCCCGGCACAAAGCGGCUCCGCGGCUUCUCCGCCCCUGCUAACCCGUUUGCGGCUUCCGCGGGACGCGGCGCCCGCCGCUGCCGCCUUUAUGAACUCGGGCGUCCGGGAGCACAAGGUAAGAGGAGGUCACAGGAUGAGCCAUAUGGAGAACUUUAGCCCGGAGGAGGCUCGCUCUCAGCUGGUGACCAAAAGAAAAUUGUUUAAGAUGCUAAGCUUAAGCCCUGGACACAGCCAAGCCCGCGUGUCCGAAACAAGGGAGAAGAAAAUACCAUCGAUGACAUGGCCUGUGAAACCAGUGCAUACCAUCAAGAAACGCAAAGCCUUCUUGGUGCAUCGGGGUACCCAAACCGAAGAGAUCCCGGAUAUCUGCAUUGAAUGUGGGAAGGUCUUCAUCCAGAACUCCAGCCUGAUCAGCCCGUGGCCUGUCCAGAGCGACGAUAAACCGCACAAGUGUUCUGAAUGUGGGAAAAGCUUUUCUGUCCGUUCCAGCCUCAACCGACACCAGAGGAUCCACACCGGGGAAAAGCCAUACAUCUGCCUCGACUGCGGCAAGCGAUUCAACGACAAGUCCAACCUUACUCAGCACCAACGGAUCCACACGGGCGAGAAGCCCUACGAGUGCAUUGACUGUGGCAAAAGCUACAGCCGCAGCUCUCAUAAGAAGAAGCAUUUGAAGGAGCCGGUGGAGGAGCCCCAAGAAGCCUGCCCCCCGGUGGGCAGGGCCAACGCCGGCGCCAUUGACGAGAAACCCAAAGCGAAACAGAAGGCGGAAGUGAUGAACACGUGUACGGAGUGCCUGCGGAGUUUCGGCCACAAUGCUGACCUGAUCAAGCACAUGCGCAUACACACGGGGGAGAAACCCUACAAGUGCAACAUCUGCGAGAAGAGCUUCAACGUCAGUUCUAACCUCUUUCGACACCAGAGAAUCCACACUGGCGAAAAGCCGUAUGUGUGUACCGAGUGUGGGAAUUGCUUCACUGACAAAUCGACCCUGGUCCAGCACCAUCGGAUCCACACCGGGGAGAAACCUUACGCUUGCCGGUUCUGUGGCAAAUGUUUCAGCCACAGCUCCCACCACAAGAGACAUGAGAAGAUCCACAACCGAGAGAACCCCCUCUUUGCCUACCCGAUCCCCUUGUUUUAACAGGUUGCUCCCAUGGGAAGGGAAGAUAGAGAUAACUGUGUCUUGAGGAACUUCCUUUAUUUUUGUUUCUGAAGAGUGUAGGACCCGUUUGAUUGAUCUCUGCCCCAGAAAGUUUGCUUUCAGUUGACUAUAGCUUAGCAAUGUCUAAAGAUGUGGUCAGUUCUAAGUGAUACAGAUCAGCCUUUUCCUGCCUGAAAUAUUCUAUGGCUGUGUUCUUUAACCUUGGCCGA